GCCUUUCUAGUCAGACCCUUCGAGAGUUCCAAGUUCUCAGCGCUAAGUAGCUCUACUUCAUCGUUCAUUGGCUACUUUCCAUCGCCGUCACUCGGUCACUAUUCUAAGCCUCAAACCUCCAAGUUUCGCCUACAUCUUGCACUUGCGGCACUCCGAAGCUCUUCAUCAUGAGCAGCUUCGAAUCUGGAAAUGCAGUGGCAAAGGGCGCCAAGCGCCAGAAACAGCCUUUCUGUUUCGACGACGACGACGAUGGUCCGGUGGAAGGCAGAGUUCGCCCAGCAAUUGCCCCACAAGCAGAGCCAAACAUUUUCGAUCAGUCUAUAGAAGACAUGAUCGAGGAAUGUCGUCGCGACAUUCAAGACAGUGGAAAGGCUGCAACUUCGUCAUACCAUGGCAACAACGAGAUGGACGAUCUUUUUGUUUUCAGAGAUGAGCGAGUUCAGAACGCUGAGCUCUCGCACGAAGCCGCUGUGCCCAUCAAGUCUGAGGAGUCUGACGAUGACUUUGAUCUAAUGAUCAUCGACCAGGGUGAAGCAUCAUCAAAAGCGCGAGAGGAAUGGUCCAAGCCACGAGGCCCAUGGACAAUUGAUCUUACUCCAUCGUCAAUGGUCAAGACAGAGCCAGUAGAGCACCCUCAUCACAGUUCCAUCAACAAGAGUAUCAAGCAAGAGCCCGAUGCAGAAGCUUUCGCCGGUGAAAGCACCUCUGUUCACACGAGCAAGUCUUUCGUCAAGGAAUUAGAAGAGAGGAAGGAAGAGUUGCAAUCGAAAGCACUCAAAGGUGCUCUGAGUACGGAAGAAUUAUCAGAGAUGUGCCAGAUCAUCACUCAGCUCAGCCAGGCUCAAGAAGAAGUGAAGACCAGCAACAAAGCGCCAAUGGCGGUACCCUUCCCUCCAGCCAAUAUGGAUCAAGCAUCAGUUGAAGGCAAUGAGAAGAAAGCGAAGAAGAAAUCGAACCCUCGCAUCAAAAGUGCGGCAGAGUACUGGGCUCGACAAGAAGAGAAGGACCGCAACCGCGAUGCGAAAGGACAGAAGAGAUCCGGGGCAUCUCAACGCAGUUCACGCGCCACUAAAAGCGCGAGGACUCUGAACAACGCAAAUACUGCUGGAGAUGAAAGUGAGAACAAAAGAAUUGAGCGCCAGAUAGAAGCGCUGCUUCGUCCAACAGAUGCGAUCCAGGAACGAGCGCAAGCAGGUGACUUGACAGCUGCUCCAGUCAUCAUCGCGACCACGAGAGCAGACCAACUGAAGAAGAUGAGAGAAUCUGCACCUGAGUACUUUGAGCCCAAGUUUUUAGAUCGGCAGAAAAGAGAGCUUCUGGAAGCAACCAAAGCUUGGGGACCGCGCGCUGUCCGCGCCAAAGACGGCUUCUGGGAGGUCAAAGGCCUGCAGUCUCUGAUGCACCACCAUCAACUCAUUGUUGGCGCUUGGAUGAUGGGUCGUGAGCUCAAGGCGACGCCCAAACUGCCCAGAGGAGGCAUUCUUGCUGACGCCAUGGGCUUAGGAAAGACCAUCGAGACCCUUUCCUGCAUUGUGGGCAACCAGGCGUCGGAGAUGCUCCAAGAAGAAGGGAAGGGAGCAACAUUGGUGGUUGUUCCCUCAGGACAGAUGAUUAGUCAAUGGAUGUCCGAGGUCAAGAAGCACUGCGAGAAAAAGUUCUCCAAGAACAUCAUCCAUUUCAAAAUCGGUAACAAGAUGGAUAUUGAGCAGUUAUCUUCCUUCAACAUGGUGUUCGCUAGCUACCACCAAAUCCGGGAUAGCAUCCCUCAUGCCAAGGAGAGGCUUGAAAUGCUGACGAAGAUUGUUGACCCAGAGAAAUAUCAGGAGUGGCUGCAAGAGUCCACCGGCGUCUUGCAUCAAAUUGAGUGGCACCGCGUGGUGCUUGAUGAAGCUCAUGCAAUCAAACAUCACCUCACUCACUCUGCAUUCUCGUGCUUCGAACUCAAAGCCAAGCACCGCUGGGCAGUUAGCGGAACACCGCUCAUCAAUGCAGCUACUGAGUUCUUUUCCUACCUCAAAUUCAUUCGAUGCGACGGAAUUGAGGAGUUCAGUAACUACGAGAAGGAGUAUCGCCCAGGGAACUGUAGGCUUAUCCAUUCCAUCAGAACUCAAGGCGAUUACUUCAUGGGUCAACCAAUCCUGAACCUGCCUACUACCAAUCCCACUCAUCAGUAUCUCAUACUCUCGAAGGAAGAAAUGGUUAUAUUCAGGAUGAUGGAGGCAUGCUUCCGGCGGAAAAUCAAUCACGACAUCGAGACCGGGGAGGCUUCGAGACAGCUGAGGUGCUAUCUCGUCAUGCUACUUCGAUUGCGCCAGGCUUCUACCCACCCCUUCUUGCUCGAAGGAAUGAUGGCAGAGUAUUUCACUCAGCGUGACUUGGAAGCAACCCGGAAACAACUGAAGGACCUCAAAGGCGGUAGCACUAUCUACAACCAGAUCGGCUCUUGGACUCAGAGGCACCAUAUUGCCAGCGAGCGCAUCAGAGAGGUCAUUGAGGAAACAUACCGGCGCAGCCAGCAACAGAUUCUGGAUGACAGCAAAGAGCUACUCGACGCUUACGAUAGCCAGACUAUAGAGCCAGAUCACCGCAAUGUCGCUGGCAGAAGUCUUCCCCAGUUCAAGGCCGGCGAGGGUAUCAUCACGAUAGCCGAUGACAGCGACGAAGUCGACAGCCAAGACGAGGCAGAAGAGGAUGAGGAUGGCCUAGUACCGGAGAGGUUUCUCAUUCCCGGAGCAGGGCCAGAGAAUGCAGCGUCCUCAGAUGUCGAUGCGGAAGAAGAUCGGCUCCGGCCUUUUGGCCGCAGCGAUUUCGGUCUGGGAUUUGACAUGUCUAAGCAACUCGAGUACCUGGAAAAGGUCAUGGAGAUGAGGAAGGCCCAAUGCCUCGUUUGUCGCAAGAAGCCCCCGGUGAAUCCUGUCAAGGGCAAAAGCAGAAAUUGUCCAAAGUGUCGCAGGAUUAUUGGCCUUCCGAAGCCACUCACGCCGUUCGACGACAAUCACGAUGGAGAUGCAGAGUCUGCCGCGAAGGCCCCUAAUGAUAAGGAGUACGCCAAAGGGUUCGACUGCACCGGAUUCCAGCAUACCGAGGAUGACAAGGAUGAUAAGCAUGCAGUCAGAUUCCUGCAAGUGGCAGAUAGAAAUCCUCGUCUGCCUCUUACCUCCAGUGCCAAGUUGGCGGCAUUGAAGGAGACAGUUUUGAGAUGGCAGGCCGAAGCCUCAGACGACAAGAUUAUUAUCUUCAGUCAAUUCAACGUCGUCAUGAAGAUCGUCGGCCGCAUGCUCGAAGCGGAAGGAAUCGACUUUGCCUACCUUAGCGGGAGUCAGACCACCGAGCAGCGCAACAGGGCCGUUGACGAGUUCCAAAAUGGCGAUAAAAUCAAGGUGCUCAUCGUGUCGCUUCGCGCAGGGGGCCAGUGUCUGAACCUCACCCGAGCAAAUCGCGUCAUUCUCAUCGAGCUCUGGUGGAACCACGCCGUGGAGCAGCAGGCUUUUGCCCGCGUUUUCCGCAUCGGUCAGAUCAAGGAAACCCACUUCGUGCGCUUCAUCGUCGAUACGCCGAUUGAGCAGCGCAUGCUGCAGUUGCAGGCUGACAAGAUCCUCUCCAUUGACGCUGCACUUCAGGACGACACGACCAGGGCGCCCAAGAUUAGCCUCCAGGAUAUAGCUAGCCUUCUCGGCAGAGUCACGAUGAGAGACGGAGUCAUCCACCACGUCUCGGCUGACUACGAUGAGGAUGAUAGCGACAGAGAGGAUGACGACGAAGACGACUCUGAUAAGGAAGAAGAGGAAGACCUUGAAGGUUUCGUUGUUCCCGACGACGAAGAUGAGGAGUUGGAGAGUCGCAGGUUGGCGAUUCGGGAGCGGAUGGGCUCCCUUUCUGACGAAUCAGAAGAGGAGUGA